UUUUUCUUUUUCUUCCUACACGCACGCACCUUCACCACCAUGUUGAGACGACUUGUUGCAGCGGUGACUGGCGGUGCAUUGAAGAGCGCAGCCGACAUCCUGCCACAAGGCCCUGCCUCAGCCGCCACUGCCGCAGCCGCCGCCGUGGGUGGUCCUUCGACGAACGCACCGCACAGUGCCCAGCCGACGACAUCUGCUGCCGACAUGCAACAACUUGCACCGGACGCGGGGUCGGAGACGUUCGCUGCCGACAUGUCUGCAGCCAUGCACCGCAGCCUGGACAAGACGCCUGGGCUGCGCAAGGUGCUGGCUGGGACGGAUCUCGACGGCAACGAGUACUACGAGCUGUAUGAGCAAGGCCGCACGCAGACCAGGCGGCUCGUCGACAUGAAGAUCAAGGCCUUCCAGUUCGAGUCGGACACAGUGCCCGUGCAGUGGGAGUCGUGGCUGCGUCGCCGCCGUAUUGCUGCACCAACACACGACGAGCUCCUUGCAGAUCGAGCUCGCCGAGAAACACUCGCGCGCCGGGUCAUGGACUUGCAAUUGAAGGAGGUGCUGCACCCACGUCUGGUGGCUUGGCUAUUGGAGGCAAGUCUCUCGCAUGCUGCUGCGCCACUGUUCCGAGCCAAGGAGUCAGAGUCGCCAUCGCGCUCUGGCGAUAACUUUCAAGUCGGAACCUGGCAGCACAAGUCCAAUGCCCAAAACGCCAAGGGAGCUCCUGCAUCAUCAGAAACACAACCAGAAGGCUCUUCUGGCUCAGAAUUUGAGCCAGAAGCGUGGCAGCCCGGGCAAGAGCGUCGAUAG